AUGGAGACGACCAUUUCCGGCGUCGUACACGCGGAGCGGGAGUGUGGGCAGGAGGGGGCGGGGAAGAGGCCGGCCACUUCGGUAGCCGUGGCAACCACCACUUCCGGUCCGUCCCUCUUUCCGGCCCAGCUCAUCUCGGCCCGCGCGAAAUUUGGAUCCCUCUGCCCGCGGCCACCUGCUCUCGGGGAAGGCCUGGCGCGAGCGGGCAGAGGCCGAUACCCAGGCCCCGCGUCCCCUUCUGUGGGGCCACAGCUCGGCACUUCCGGUGGUCCUCGCCGCGCCGGCCGGCGAAGGGGGCCCGCGUCGCCCUGGGCAGGAAAGCGCGGCGUGCGCAGGUACGGGGGCAAUGACCGCUCUGUUAUCUGCUCGGACCACUUCGCUCCGGCCUGUUUUGACGUCUCUUCAGUUAUCCAGAAGAACCUGCGCUUCUCCCAGCGCCUGAGGCUCGUGGCGGGCGCCGUGCCCACCCUGCACCGGGGGUCCGGCCCGGCACCUAGGGGAGGCGAAGCGGGGGAGCAAGCGGGCGGCCCCGAAAGGGAAGGAGAGCCCCGGGCGGUGAGGCUGGCAGAGGCCGCCCCGGGGCCAGCCCCCUGCACGCCCCUCCGGGCCAGGAAGAGGGCUGCGGCUUCACAGAUUACAUAUGAAAAUGAAAUUGCGCAAACACAAGUCCACGCUGAUAAUCUAUCUCCUGGUGUCACUUCAGUACCUCCUCACUGUGAAGAAGGCCCAGAUCAUAAAAGUACGCAGGUUUCUCUGAAAAGGCCCCCUCACCGAAGUGUGGGUAUUCAGGCCAAGGUAAAAGGGUUUGGAAAACAACCGCGUAACGCCACUACUCAGAUGGAUGAAUUGCGGUCUAGAAGUGCCUCUCUCGUUGACAUCCACUCCAGGGACUCAGAGACAGAUGCAGAGUGGGACACUGAGAGUGAGCAGAGCCAUCUGUCUUGCGUUGCCGUACAGGAAUUGGGUUUUCCUCUCUUAAUAGCACUCUGUGGAAUCCCACACUUGGGACGUAAGCAUGUGAAACUUAGCUGCUCCGUCUGCCACCCACCAGGAAAAUGUCUCCGGCAAUUCUGUAUGAUGAAGUGAUUUGUUCCAAUGGUUUCUGAAAAACUUAUUAGAACUCUGAUGAUCUAUUGAGAAUAAUAAAAACAAAUGUCCAUCUUACACUUCA